CUUCCGACGAUGACGUCCUUGCACGACCACCUAUAUCGAGCAACUGGCUCAACCUCUACGGCUCUCCAACCCAGCCAGGAUGAGUGUCGGCCUCUCUUGCAAGCGCAUACACGCUAUGGAUCACUCAAGGAUGUCAAUGAGUCGUCUGGAGGCGACGACCAGAGCGUCAACGAAAUAACAGGAGAGGCGUUUGACAAAGUCCCCAAGUCGAAGCGCACACUCGGUCUUGCCAGUGCCACCUCGUUAAUCUUCAAUCGCGUCAUUGCUACUGGCGUCUUCGCUGCGCCUAGUCUCAUCCUCCGAUCAUCAGGGAGCGUUGGAAUGACGUUCGUAAUGUGGAUUCUCGGAGCGCUCGUUGCUGCUACCGGCACCGCCGUCUAUGUAGAGCUAGGAACAGGGCUCCCGCGGAGUGGGGGAGAGAAGACGUACAUGGAGCACAUAUACCAGCGUCCCAAGUUCCUCAUAACGUGCAUGUGCGCAGCUUUCGGCAUCUUUCUCGGAUCCUUGUCUGCUGCCGGACGCGUCUUCAGUGAAUAUACACUACAAGCACUCGACAUCGUGCCGACGCCUUUCAAUCUUCGAAUCACGGCCGUGUCGUGCCUCACAUUCGCAAUGGUUGUCCACGGCGUGUUCUUGAACUGGGGCCUCCGGGUACAGAAUGCGCUCGGGCUGUUCAAGUUCCUCGUCAUCAUUCUCAUCUCUUUCUCUGGCUUGUUUGUCCUCGCGGGCGUACCCGGAUUUGAAGUGCGUCCCGAAUACGAAAAGCCGAACAACUACACGUGGGGCACGUUUUGGGAGGGUACAAACCUCGAUCUGAACGCGUUCGUUACCGGAAUGUACAACGCUAUAUGGUCGUUUGUAGGGUAUUCCAACGCAAACUAUGCGAUGUCCGAGAUACGUGAUCCGGUUCGAACUAUCAGGAUUGCUGCACCACUCUCGAUGCUCUUCGUAACGUUCGCAUACCUUUCCAUGAACAUCGCAUAUUAUGCGGUGGUGGCCAAAGAUGACAUGCUCAACAGCAGCAGCGUCGCCGCGGCACUGCUCUUCAGAAAUCUUUACGGCCCCGAGGCGGCCAGGGUCAUCAGCGCCAUCAUCGCCCUAUCCACGCUUGGAAGCGUUCUCGCGAUCAUUUUCACUAUGGCGCGCUUCAUCCAAGAGAUUGGACGUGAAGGCGUCUUGCCUUUCUCCUCGUUCUUUGCGAGCAACAAGCCAUUUGGCGCACCUUUUGCCACUCUCUUUACUCAAUGGUUCAUCGCCACUAUCACAAUUAUGAUUACGCCACCUGGGGACGCCUAUCUCUUCGUUGUCAAUCUUUCCUCCUAUCCGCUUACGAUCUAUAACACGCUUGUCUCCGGUGGACUUCUGCUGUUGUACACUCCGGCAUACAAGUCUUUCGGGUGGAAUCCGCCCUUCCGCGCAUACAAAUCUGCGACGAUCUUCUUCUUCGUCUCGAACGUCUUCCUGCUUCUUGUUCCCUAUGUCCCGCCAGCACCCGGUCAUGGGGUGUACAAGAACCUUCCGUAUUGGUCGCAUCUGGCAGUUGCGCUCGGCAUUGGCGGGGUCGGUAUCGCCUAUUGGUUCGUAUGCUUCUAUUGGAUCCCUAAGCGCCGAGGAUACAGGCUCGAGCAGGUGGAGGUAAUGCAGGAGGAUGGUGUAUCGCGGAACAUCCUCAAGAAGGUCCCACUAUAGAUCAUGGUAGAUGUGCUUGGUGCUUCGGACUUCAGAACAGGAAAAGAUAAAAACUGAAGUUAGUAACUGUUUGUCAUGAUAUUGUAAUGCAUGUACCUGCCUGUACCUAUACCUCUGUUCAUCCUUGACGAUUAACUUAUUGC